AUGUCCAGUAAGCAAUCUUCCUCCGACAAUGCCUCCCCAUCACCUCAAGAUCUUCUCAAACUCUCCAAAAUUCCAGGCAAUGAAUCAUGUGCCGAUUGCCAAGUUCCAAAACCUCAAUGGGUGGAUGUAGCACAAGGAGUGUUUAUUUGUAUUCAAUGUGCUGGAAUACGUCGUUCCAACAUAUCGGUUACGAUUUGUCGAGUCAAAUCAUUGAAUUUGGAUCGUUGGAAUCAAGCCGAAUAUCAACAUGUAUCAUCUCUUGGAAAUUUAAUAGUGAACAGACGGUUAGAAGCAAAGCUAGACUCGGAAACGAAAUCACAAUUUGUUCAUAGUGGAAACUCAAAAUUAAUGGAAACGUUUAUUGUGAGUAAAUAUGUGCAUCGGGUGUGGGCACAAGAUGAUCGUAACACCAAAUCGGAACAUGAUGAAGAUCCAAUAAUGAGUGAUGAUCGUGAUCAUAUAAUUACUACACGUGAUCAAAUGAUUACACCUUCUGGUCAUCAUCAUCAACCAAUGAUCAAUUUUCUUCAUUAUUGA